AUGAGACAAUCAGAGAUUCGCGAUCUUCCUCCUUCCACUCCAAGUGAUACUGAUGUCGAAAAGGUAGAGGACAAAAUUCGACACGAAGAUCGUCGAGAAAACACAGAGCAGGAUGCGGAUUUAGUUGAAUUCGUCCCAAACGAUCCAGAAAAUCCUCUCAAUUGGACUUCGCUGAGAAAAUGGUCGAUUGUUCUAUCCUUGACAAUUGCGAAUUUUAGUUGUCUCUGGAUAGCUUCAGGUUACUCACCUGCAAUUCCUGAAUUUGAGGAGAGAUUCGGUACUUCAGCUGAAGUCGCUACACUUCCUUUGGUUUGCUAUGUGCUUGGUUUGGGAUUUGGACCUAUGCUUUUAGCACCUCUGAGCGAGUACUAUGGAAGAACUCCUGUCUAUCUGGCCAAUUUCUUCAUCACUACAUUGCUCUUAAUCGGUACUGCCUUGGUAGAUGAUGUCCCCGGAUUCAUUAUCUUGAGGUUUAUCACGGGCUUCUUUGCUUCUGCAUCAAUCACAAACAUUGGAGGAACGAUCGCCGAUAUGUUCCAUCACGAACAUACUGGUAUGCCCUUAGCAGUCUACACUGUAACCUCAGCCGGCGGCUCUGCAAGUGGAGUCUUCGUCUUCUCUUUCAUCGCCCAACUACACGGUCUCCACGGUGUUCUCUGGGGUAUGUGCGGAGCCACCGGCGGAUUUUUCCUCCUCCUAUGUGUCUCACUCAAGGAAACUCGACACUCCGUGCUCCUCCGUCGACGCGCAGCUCGUCUCCGCAAAGAAACCGGGAACCAAAAUCUUGACGUUCCACUGGACAUGCGUACGCAACCCGCCACCCAAGUAUUCGCUACCGCUCUCACUCGUCCAUUUCGUCUACUCUUUACCGAACCCGUCAUCCUAUUCACUGCGGCUUACAACGGAUAUCUCUUCGGCAUUGCAUUUCUCUUCAACGGAGCCUUCACCAUCGUCUUCUCCGAUGGCUACGGUUUCAACACCAUCCAAACCGGUCUCGCAAACCUAGGCGUGUGCGUUGGGGCGCUCCUGGGUCCCGUCACCCACAUCUGGCAAGAACGCUACUAUCUCCGCAAGAUCACAUCCCCAAAUGGAAGAAUCCGGAAUAUCCCCGAAGCGCGCGUGCAACUCAGCAUGGUGGGCUCCGUCGUCUUCCCCAUCUCUCUCUUCUGGUUUGCCUGGUCCGCCCAACCCGGUUCCGUACACUGGAUUGUGCCGAUCAUCGCAUCGGCAUUCUAUGGCUGGUCUUUCUACACCAUCAUCCAAAUGACGUUUAUGUAUAUCGAAGAUACGUAUAAAGUGUAUGCGGCGAGUGCGUUGGCCGGCGUGUGUUUUGCGCGGAAUAUUAUCGGCGGGACGUUCCCGUUAUUUGGGACGCAGAUGUUUGAUGGAUUGGGUGUGCAUUGGGCGGGCAGUGUCUUGGGGUUUGCGGCAAUUCUGUUAAUGCCCAUUCCGUAUGUGUUGGGGAGAUGGGGGAGAGAUCUCAGGAAGAGGAGUCCGUGGGCUCGGGAACAUAUGGACGAUUUGGGAGAGGAUGACGAUGUUAAGAUGUAA